UUUGAAGCAACAAAGUUGUGGCGGAGCAAUUAGCAGAAAAUAAUGUGAUCGCAAUACGUAUAAACAACUGAUUCUCAUUUGAAAUCAGAAAUGAAACACAUCAGUUGUGUAGAUAACUUCUGUAACUUACAAGCUCUAAUUCGCCAUGAGCUCCGAGAGCUUGGAGUCAAAGUCCCUAAAGCUAAAAAGUCUAAACGUGGUGGUCCAAAAAGCCAGCAGGAAGCAAAUAAAGGACAGAUAUUUGGAAAUUACCUGGCUCAUGUGCAUUGUGUACAUGUUCCAAACUGUGGCUAUGUUGCUAAGUUCCUUGUAGAUGCUGCAGAAAUUAUAGUGGAGAACAUUGACAAUGAAGGUGUGUUUAGAAAGUCAGGGGCUGUCAGCCGACAGAAGGAAAUCAAGCAACAGUUAGAGAAUGGUAAAGGAUUUGUUGGAGCCAACGUGCAUGAUGUAACAGCCCUGGUGAAGCAGUUUUUCCGAGAACUUCCGGAACCUCUGUUCACAAGCACGUACCAUGACACAUUUGUGCGAUGUCACCAGAUUGAGGACCAGGAAAUCUCUACUCGUGCAAUACUAUUACUAUGUUUGUUACUGCCAGCGGAACAUAUAAGUACGCUGCAGUUCAUCAUGAGAUUGUUAGCAAAGGUUACACAACAUGCGGAUAGUAAUAAAAUGGACAGUACAAAUCUGGCUGUAGUUAUAGCCCCAAAUAUAAUGCAUGUGAACAGCAAAACUGAAACAAUGAAAUCAUGCGAGGAAAAACUACUUCAGGUUCAGACAUCUGUGGUAGAGUUAUUGAUUCAGCAUGCAGAGGAGUUGGGUAUGAUAGAUGAGGAGAUGGCAGAGAAGACGGCAUUUAUGUCAGAAGUUUUCAGUACCGAUGACGAGCUAGAUGCUAGUGAAGAUAAUCUUGAAGAUACAAAAGAGAACAGAAAGAAAGAGAAAAAGAGGAAGAGAAGUGGGUCUUUUCAAGGGUUUGUAAGCAGUAUAGCCCAGAGUAUCACCAAAUGGAGGAAGAGUACUGAUGGUAAAACUAACACCAGCGGUCUCAGUCAGGGCAGUAAUGUGAGCCAUGUGAGUGUCGGAAACACCAGGUCACACCCCGUACAGACAGAUGAGGGUCAGGUAUAUCAAUUUACUGCUACUGAGGCUACCCCUGUUGUGAGAAGGAAAAAAGCAGGGCCCGUCACAGAGGGAAAGGCUUUUUCGGCCUCAAAGAAGAAAGCUAUAUUGAACCAACUCCCGCAGCAGUCGGCACUAGCCAGUACACCAUUCACUCCAGCAUCAGGGGUGAAGAGGAUGGACAUAAAUAGCAUAAAGCGAGGUUUACAUGAUACCCCCAGUAUGCCACCGCGGCCGUACCAGACACCGAGGCACAGUAUGAAAACACCAAGGAAAAAGCUGACACUUUUCAGUCCUGCCAGUACCACAAAGAAAAAGAGGUAUUCAUCAACAACGAACCUAUCGUUAAACUCGGCCGGUAAGAAAGCAGGAAAAUCUAAAGGAAUAUUUCGCCGACUGAGUGGGAGCAAAGGGGAUCAGGCGUUCCCAGCACAGAAAGCUGUCAAUCGUCAGCAGAUCGGUCACCGUUUAGCCACAAGUCCCUCUUCAACAACCAGUGCAACAUCAGUUCAGAGUACAAGUUCUUGUAACCAACAAUCCAGCAAAAACAUCACCGAUGAUUCCCCAAUUGCAGCCAUUGCUCAAAACUCAUUUUCUGCUUCAAUGUGUGAACAGUCUAUUAUUUCUACAUAUGAUGAUGAAAGUAGGUCGCUUAAUGAAGGUUUCAUUAUGAAUGAAGAAAAGGAGGGCGACAUUACUCGGAUCAUGUCAGAACCAGCUAUUGCCGGUUCUCAUGAAGCAGGGGAGUAUGUAAUGUUAGAUGACAUGAUAAUGGCACAAGAAAGCGUUUCUGAUUCUACUUUCCUCAGUUCCAGAAGUAAUGAGACGCCAAGGGGUCACAGCAGGUCUUUUUCUGUGGAUAGUACUUUAGAUGGAAGUACAAGAAAAUCCAGCCUCAGACGAGGCGGACCAAAUUCUAUAAAAGUUGGACUUCUGCAAGGAGAUCAAAGUGAAGUAAGCAAAUUGCGGAGAAGUUUUGGACUUGAUAAAUCAGAUAUAGGUUAUCCUAUACCUGUAAGUGUUGCUAAUGUUGACGAUGAAGACCAAUAUGUACAACUAGAUAAUAGUUUCGAUUUGUUAAAUACACGACCAAAACAAGACACUGUGGAAAAUCAAAAUGAUAACGUUGAAGAGACUGAUAAUAGUUCACCUGGAUCAGUGUCAAGGUGUAAGUCAACAGUUAGUUCAACGAGUUUGGCUUCAAAUGGAGGCAAAAAUGUACAAGAUGGGUACGAAUGUGAUGAUGAAUCAGAGGCUGGAUUCUCUUCGAUACCUAGUGAGACUGCUGUUUUUGAAUCUAAAAUGAUACUACACAAGGACAUGGAUGACCAAGAUUAUAAAGGAGAAGGUAAUGUUUCAGAGGAAAUCAGGAAGACAUUGGCACAGCAGAAGCAGGAAAGUAAAGAUAGUUUGCUGAGUGAAGCAUCAUCCACCAUGUCGCCGAUCAUGUCCUUCAAAGAGCGAGAACUAACAAGAUCAAUUUCUGCAGACAGUGGGAAGGGAUCAAUGUGUGAAGAACCCAGAGAGGAGAGCGGUAAUGUCACACUAGAUUCCAUCUCAAGCUCUGUAAUAGACAAAGACAGUCCGGUUAUAAAGUUAGAAUCAAAGGAAAUAUCAGAUCAGCUGGACAGUGAGGUUAAGAUGGAAGUAGAUAUGACAGAUGCCACAGGCACUGAUGAUACACAUUUAGGGCAAGAUUUGAAUGCUAGUGGCGAAAAUAUCUCAAAACAAACUUUAAUUCACCAGAAAUCUGUUUCAUCUCAAGAUCUUAAAAGAGAAGAGAAAACACCAACUAGAGUCUCCAGAUCCAAGAGCUUGCUUGAAACCAGUAUAUCACAGAGGAAAAACAAUGCUAAACCCAAUCUGCAGAUCUCUGCAGAAACUCACAAACUACUUGCUAGAGCUGGUUACAUUAAAGAACAAAAGGAUGAAAAUCCAAAGCCAGACUUCGAUGAUUUCAUAGUACCAGGUUCUUUUCCUUUCAUUAAACAGGCCGAGACAUUGAAUCCAAGGAGAGAAAGCAUCAUUGCCUUACAGAAAAAUAAUGCUGGUAAAGUGAAGAGUAACGUGCAGCAAUUUGACCGUAUUACUGGAAGUGCAGUGAAAUCAGAAAUAGAAUCCAGACAUGCAUCCCCGUUCAGAUUUCCCAAUUCAACUUCACGUAAACGAGGCACAGCACGUCUAAGAAUACCACCUGUGUUUAACAAGUCAGAUCUAGAAACUAGCGUAAAUUCAGAUCACUUUAAUACAUCUAAGGAUAAAAUAUCAGCUGGGACUGCCUUAUUGCCGAUUUCUACUCAGCUAAUCAAACCAUCAGACCCCGAUUUUAAUUUGAAUGAUGUUGCCGAAAGUAAAAAAAGUGGACUUAAACGCAAACCAAGUAUUUAUCAUGCUGAAAAGGGAGGGAUUGUUCCUCCUUUAAAUAAGUCAAGAAAUAUCAGUGGAAGUCUAGAUAUAACAACAGAAUCAAUUGAAGAUACAGCAUCAGGUUUUGGAAAUGACAUUUCUUGUGAUAAAUUAGACGAUACAGUUUUUAUGGAAAGCUUAAAAGGGAAAUCUGGAUUUCUGGGAGGAGUAAGUCUAGAUCUUGACCAGUCAUUACAAGACACUAUAAAUGAUGUAUGUACUCCGCGCUGUGAAAGGGUUCAGCGUACUUCAGAUAAAGAAAACAGUGAACAAACUUCGGUGAAGAAAAUGCCCGAAUUGAAACCAUCAAUUUUAACAACACCUGUAACACUAGAUUCUAUGACAUUUAGAACGGCUUCUAAUAAAACACCAGUUGAUAUAAUUAAAUCGGUUAAAUCACCAAGGUCGCCCAUCAAACCUCUGAAAAGGCUUGGAUCUUCGCCACAUUCGCCAAGAAGUAAAGUAAUGCGGUCUCCUAAACUUGUUAAAAGUAACAGACGUUCCUUGUUGUCAACAAUACCACAACAGAAUGAAGAUUUUGAAAAUCUUUAAAGCAGGUUUAAUAAAUAGAAGAUUUACAGUGUAUGAAACACUAAAAAGAUCACUUAAAUUGCUUUCGAACCUUGUUAUAAAUAACACUUUUUUAUAAGAUGUCAAAAAAACAAUAAUGGCCAGUACGUUUGAAAUUUUUAAUAUAAGAUUAAGACAUUAAGUAACGGAAACUUUUACGACAAACUGGUCAUUUUGUGGAUAAAUCAAAGGUUUAUAAGUCUGAAAGUCAUGCAAAAUACUAAGACAUACUUUCACAUUUUGUUGGUCAUAUAUUGAAACUUGUGCAUGUAUUGUUAUUGUCUGUCAUAUGGAGCAGGCUGGUGUUGCAGAUGGCAUUUGUUUGGCAAUAUCCCAUAUACAAAUACAUAUUGUUAUUGCCAUGAAUGAAAUGAAAAUUUACAGUACUAGUCUUGUGGUGUUAUGUAGUAGGUAAGGCUACUGUCAUUUUCGUCUGUAUUUAGGAGAUUUUAACAAGAUUUUAUUGAGGAGUUGUGUAUGUUUUGAUUUGUAUACUUGUAAGAACUCAAAGAGAAGAUUAUAGAUGUUAAAAAUUCAUUUUUAUUUUUUAAGAAUUUUUUGUUUCAUCUGAAUAAUGCCAUCUUUUGAUGUUUUGCUUAUUCCACUUAGAAGUAAAGAAAUGCAUGUUUUCAGAAACUUAUUCUGUGAAUAGAUAUCAGAAUUUUGCAUGUAAAAAGGUCUAACAGAUAGUCACUACUUGACAUACUGAAUUCACAGUCAAGAAUAUAGAGGUUAUAAGACAUUGAGUUUGGAGACCAGUCUUGGAAUUCAUUCGUUCUAUUGUCAGUUUAAAAAUUUUGUUUUGAAAAAAACAUGAAAUGCCAGUGACGAGACAAUGGAAAGAAUAUAACGAUUUUAUUAUCUCGACCUCAGUAGCACAUGUCCUUCCAUAGUAUAUUUCAUUAGGGCUUUGCGGCCGAGAGGGAACCAGAACAGGGCACAUCUAUACUGUUCAUCCACACAUACAUACUGUUUAUCCACACAUCCAUACUGUUUAUCCACACAUACAUACUGAUUAUUAGUUUCAGCACUUAUUCUCGUAUGCAAAGGCGCUGUUUUGGAGGUUAUCACAUUUUGUUGAAGAAUGAAAAGUAGAGUUAAUAUGUCUUUCAUGUGAGCAAAUGGAUGAAAUAGGGAAGCAUUAUUUCAUGCCUCAUGUGUGGCGCCAAUUAUGGUAGGUUGACCUCGUCUGCUUGUAACCAUCCAUUAAAAGCGUUAAAAUACAGGAAGUAACUGAUCCUGCAGAAUGAUUUGAGCCGUGCCAUGGGAAAA